GGGGCGAGGACGGGCGUCGGCGUGGCUGACGAGAUUCCUGGGGCGCGGGCUGCCCGGCCGGGUGGCGCCACUACUGCCUUCGGAAAGAUCAUCGGCAAGGCGCUUCCCCGCCAGCGUCAUCUACGAGGACGAGGAGUGCCUUGCCUUCCGUGGUCUUUCACCCCAAGCUCCGACGCGUUUCCUAGUCAUGCCUAAGGAGCCAAUUAUCAGGUUAUCGGAAGCGGAAGAUUCUGGUGAAUCUUGCCUUGCCUUCCGUGGUCUUUCACCCCAAGCUCCGACGCGUUUCCUAGUCAUGCCUAAGGAGCCAAUUAUCAGGUUAUCGGAAGCGGAAGAUUCUGGUGAAUCUUGCCUUGCCUUCCGUGGUCUUUCACCCCAAGCUCCGACGCGUUUCCUAGUCAUGCCUAAGGAGCCAAUUAUCAGGUUAUCGGAAGCGGAAGAUUCUGGUGAAUCUCUUCUUGGGCCUUUCAAGAUUGUUGGCAAGAAGCGUGCUGCUCGCCUGGGCCUGACCGAUGGAUUCCGGACGGUUGUGGAUGAAGGGCCUGAGGGUGGGCAAUCUGUCUAUCGCCAACAUCUACGUAUUCCGGGUGGCCGUCUGUUGGGCUGGCCGCCUGGCUAAGAUUUUUGCACCACGAGAGUUGCUGCACGUGUACAAACGGCCACCGAAUGGAUUUUGUCUGUUGCCCGUCAGUCUAGCCACUGUUGAUGUCUGAUUGUUUGUGUGUGUGUGUGUGUGUGGCGUGUCUGUGGAAGGUAAUGAAAGCUUUGAGCGGCAGUUGCACAAUAAAGCUUUACCAUGGGGAUAUCA